AUGCUUAAAGUCAUUCUCAACAGAUUAAGGCCACAAGUUCAGAGAAUCAUAGCAGAAGAACAUACAGGCUUUAAGACAAGGCGCAGCUCAACUGAACAAAUAUUCAACCCGAGAAUCAUCAUGGAAAAAUACCUCCAACACCAACAGGAGCUUCACCAGGUAUUUGUGGACCUCAAAAAAGCUUUUGACAGAGUAUGGCAGGAAGCUUUGUGGGCAACCAUGAACUUUUACAACAUCAACGCUAACAUGAUCAAAGUCAUAGAAAAGCUAUACGACAAAGCUGCGAGCGCUGUCGUUUUCAACAGCAACAUCGAGGAAGGGUUCUGA